ACGUCACCACAGAGAAAUCUCAGGGUCGUCUCCUAUACCGCUGAUGUAUUGUAAAUAUUGGUGACCGGAUACCUGAGGAAAGCUUCCAGGGAUCAACACCUCUGCGGCCUCCCAAGUCCCAGUGGAUCAAGACCUAUUUAACCUAUCUGUUACUGUUGGAUUCACACAGUCCAACUUAGGAGCCACAACUUGGCUGGUCAGGAGCUGGUUUGUGGAACCUGUGAAGUUCCCUCUUGAAGACAGCCAGAGAUGCAGCAGCUGGAAGACAAAUAAAUAUAUAAUAUAAUGGUGGUGAGAUGACGAGGUGGGCAUGAACAAGUGUGUAGUACAAGAACCAGAAUGGUUGUGUGGUGAUCAUUCUUGUGUCCCCUGCCUGGGGCUGCCUGUUGCCACCCAUUCUUUACACCUAGUUUUCCCUCACCAACCACAGGUUUUUCAAUUAAUAUUACACAUGGCAUAACCAUUCUUACAGUAAUCAAGAGCUCAACUUGGGUUGUGGGGUUGGAGGCUGUGGGACACCAUGAGUGAAGGAGGCAAUAAAUGGCCAUGUGGAAGAUGCACUUACCUCAACUAUGCCAGUGCUGUGCGCUGCACUAUGUGUACAGUUCCUCGCUCGCCACAUCUUAUUGUGGAAGCUGGAGCAGAUAUAUAUCAGCUUGCACCUCCAUCACCAAGACAACCAGAUGGUCCACCACCUCAGGAGGGGGACAAAUGGCUUUGCCACUUGUGUACUUACCGGAAUUAUCCAAGAGCACUGAAAUGUACACAGUGUCGCACACCACGCCUAUCGUUAGCUGACCAAAUGGCUAAAUUUUCCUUGGCCAAACCUGUUUCGCCCUCACCAGUUAAAUCCACUCUCACCACUACUCCUACCUCCAUUCCUCUUCUUAUUACUUUUGCCACUACAGCUACCACAACAACUGCUGCCUUAGUCACAUCUGCAACUAAAAUUGUUAAUGCAGCCCCUACCACAGCCUCAAUCUCAACUGCUAACAAUAAUGGUGGGCAGAGUCCUAAUCAAGUUGUGGCAGCCCAGAGUGGCAGUGGUGUUCAGGGAGCUGGGGCAGAACAUCAAAGCCCAGGGGGAGGCACACCACCAGGUGAAGCUGGUCGAUGUAGUCCUCAGGGAGCAGGUGUGACUCAGCCUCAGACCCGCCAUGAAACAGAGCCAGCUAUACCCAGUUACAAGUGGAAAUGCCGUGCAUGUACAUAUGAGAACUGGCCCCGUUCGACUCGAUGCGUUAUGUGCACGACCCCUAAAGGUCUGUGUUCUCCUGCUGCACAGUCUCAACCAGCCCGGCUUGCUACCCCUCCCCCUCCAGGUGACAGUAAAUAUAAUAAUAUAUGUGCAAAUAAGCCUAAAAAUCCAAGUGAACCAAGUGAAAUUCCAAACAAUGUUGAAAUUAUACGAGAGUCUAGUGAUAACCAUCAAACUGAAAACAAUGCCAAAAACAGGGAAAACAUUAACGAGAUUAAUAAAGCACGUAAUAGUGAGGCCCCUCAAGAACCGCAGCUAAUUUCCCAGAGAAAUUUAAAUGAAUCUAAGGAGAAUCUCUCAAGUAUCUCCUCCAGUGUAGGAGGAAAUAUUGCUUCUGGUGCUGUUAGUCACCGUGGAGAAGGAGCAAUGGCACUCAACAAUUACGAAACAGAACGACUGCUACGCCAGCUGAGACGACGUUUGCGGGAAGCAGAUUGGGCUUGGUUAAAUGCAUGUAAUGGUGUUGUAGAAGGCAACUAUGAACCAGUAGAAGCUUAUCUGUCAGCUGGUGGUGAUCCAAUGAGGCAGCUCACGAGCGCAGAUGUAAAGCUUUUGUCACGAUCCUCUGCUUUUGAUGAAGGACUUACUCUUGUGCAUUUAGCAAUCAGGUUUGGCCGUGAAGAUUUGCUGGCUACAAUAUUAUCAAGAAUGGAUGGAGGUGGGACAGGAGUAAAACGUGUUCCAUCAUACGUAGCACCAGAUCUAGCAACUGAUAUUCGUCGCCAUAUGUCUGCUUCUAUUCGACAAAGAAAAGGACCUCUUCCAUGUCACUUUCUUUCUGAAUCUGUCACGUUCUCCCUUCCAGCAGAAAUAGAAGAUUUACCUGUAAGCGUUCAGGAACAACUUUUUGAGGAGCUCUUAGACCGAGAUGCUCAGAAACAGCUAGAGGAGGAUGCUCCUAUCAUUAACUGGUCACUGGAGAUCACUGACAGACUUGGAUCAAGGUUGUAUGCACUCUGGAACCGUACAGCAGGUGACUGCCUCCUUGACUCGAUACUUCAGUCUACGUGGGGUGUGUUUGACAGAGAAAAUGUCCUUCGACGAGCUUUAUCCGACAGUCUCUCAGAAGCUUCUCAUUUAUUCUAUCCACGCUGGAAAGAGUACGAGCGUUGGCAGGCACGUCUGUUAGACUACUAUGUUCCUGAAGGUCAAGUACUGGAGGAGUGGGCAGAGUUAAUCUGCCUGGCUUCUCAACCUGGGGCUGCAUUAGAGCAGUUACACAUUUUUGUUUUAGCUCACAUUCUUCGCAGACCAAUCAUUGUUUAUGGUGUCAAGUGUGUCAAAAGUUUUCGAGGAGAAGAUCUAGGCUUUGCUAGAUUUGAAGGUGUGUAUCUUCCCCUGCUUUGGGAAUAUUCAUUUUGCUGGAAGUCACCUAUUGCUCUGGGAUACACACGAGGUCACUUCUCAGCACUAGUUCCCAUGGAACCUGACUCUCCUGAUAAUUUAGGAGCUGGUGCAAUCUUAGAUGCUGGUGAGCCCCAGGUGGUGUUCCUUCCUCUGAUGACUCACGAUGCCAAGCUGCUGCCUGUACAUUUUCUCACACAAGCUGAGGUUGGUUGUGAGGAAACAUUGCUAAGACAGUGGCUGGAGGUAUGUGUGAGCGAGGGAGGAGUAUUGGUGGCCCAGCAGCACCUCACUAAGAAACCACUAGCAGUAGCUCAAAUGACAGAAGAGUGGCUCAACCAUUACAGAAGGCUUGCACAAAUGGAAUGUGCUCCCUACCACCGGCCAAUAACAAGCCAGGGAUACUCUAGUGAUGGAGAUUCUGAAGAGGAAUAAUUGAAUACAUGCUGUGUCCUCUUUCCAUUAACCAGUUCUUGUUCAUUACAUCAAAUAUUUUGUGGAGGUAAUAGUUUCAACCAAAGUAUGCGUUCAAGUUGCUUCCAGCCUUCUCACCUCCACUGCUACUUUGCCUUUGUGAUGGAAAUUGAAUAAUUGCCACUACCUGCCUGCUGCAAGUGCCUGAUCAGCCAGGUUGUAAUGGCUAUGUAGGCCUGUGGGAUGCUUUCAGCAACAGUAGAGUUGACCCUGUAGUCAGCAAGGAAGUCUGGCCUCAGGCUGGACUUUCAGGGUAGAACACUCAAAACUGGUCACAGGUAUGCCAUCUCUAGGGCGUCUAAUCAUGAAUUAGACCUUUAAGUCUCAGUGCAAACAAUUUAAGUUUCUAUAUACUGUAGUUGUGGAUGCUGUGUUUCCCACAGAUUUACUCGAAAUAUUUUUUGUGAUGCCUCAUUGGUCUAAAUGUAUGUACAUGUAUAAUCAUUAAAAAUGUGUUUCACUUUUAUUUUACAUCAGAAAAUGGAUUAAAAAAAAUUUAAAGAAGUUCUCAAAAUUUGUGACCCGAAAUAGCAAAAUGUUAAAUAUUUUACAAUAAUGCUUUUUUCACAUGCAUUUAAUUUUUUUGGUGUUAGAAAGACAGUCAUACACUUUCUUGCUCAGCGUACCCUGUACAAUAUCUCUUUCAGAUAGUUUUGACACGGGCAAAUUAUUUAUUCCUUUAGAUCUUGUUAUCAAUCCACACACAGUUGCAAAGUCAUAAAUAAUAUAUUGUUAAUUGUCAGGUGUUCAGUGUCAUAGAUGUAACUGUUUGCAUAGCUUUUGUUUUGAGAACAGUACUGUAAUGACUCUUCAGACAGUAGUGAAGGUCCAUUCUAUGUAGAGGAGGAUUUCAUUAUUACCAGAAAGUUCUUGGAGAGCUCUAGAGAAGCGCAAAAAAAAUCACGGAAGCAAAUAUUAGCAGCCAAAGACUUGUACCUUGAAGAUGGUGCCACUGUUGAAAUACAUAGAUUGUGCUUUAACAGAUUAGUUUCAUAAUUGUUUAAUCAUAUGUUUGCCAGCAUCAAUGAGCAGUAAAGAUCUAGUGAAAUAAUACCAAAUUUGAAUGCUGGUUGCAUUUUUUAAAAACUUGCUUUAGAGCUUUUCUUGAAAAAAAAAAUUGAAUCCAUGGUCAGUGAUAUCAAUAGAACUAAAUGAAAAGUCUGCAAAAAUGUGAUUACCUGUACAUAUUUCAAUAAGGAAUUAAGAAAAUAUUUCUAAAGAAUUUGUUUAAAUAAACUUUGUAGGAGAAAACUUGUAAAUGGCAAAUGAGAGCUGUAAGGAUUAUUUCACAGACUGGUGCAUUUAUAUUUGUCUAAGUGUGUGAAUCCUUAAUAAGGACAUUAGUCAUUUGACUGCAGAUAGUUGAGAUAGAGAAUGGACUACAACUAAGAGACCGUAAACCACUUAAAGACCACAUAGUGAUUGAGGCAUCAAUUUAUCAUUUAAAAGUAUUUCAUUCCCUCAUUAAAAAAAAAAAGAGAUUGCUAACCGUCCAGUAAUGGAGUGCUCGGUCGAAAAUAUGUGUAUAUGGUUUUAAAUAAGGAUUUUAAUUAUUUUAGCAUAUGCUGCUUUUAUAAAAGUCUAGUGGUUAAAACAGCAGCAGUGAAGAACUCAAGUUGUAAGAAGUACACAAAUAUACAUGGCAUUGGAAACUUACUGAUUAAUAUCAGCAAGAGUAACUUAUUAAUAGUAGUACAAAUGAACUCCUUAAGUAUUGCUAUUCAUGUUUUUAGAAUUGGGUGAUUAGUGUAAACAUCCUCAGGAGAGAUGUGCUAAAGUAUCUUAGGGUAUGCCAAUUGAGUGUGUGAAGAAUACAAUAAUUUUUUUUUUUAUAAAUUGCAAGAAACAAAAUUAUAUCCUCUGAUGGUAGGAUUGUAGUGGAAAAUUGUUUGGAAAUCUUGAAUGUAGCACGUGGCAUAGAGAGUACCAACACAAAGUGCAGAAUUAAUUUUACAGUUGUGUAUACAAAGUUUCAUAUUCUGUUGUGUUACUCUUUGACCAAGUAUUAAGUGAGUGUUGUACAUUUAUUAUAAAUGUACUUUGAUUGGCCUUAUGAAGUAAUUUUAGCUGAUAGUAAAACCAAGUAAGUGUUGUUGGAUAAACUGCAGUUUCAAUAAAAGAAUAAGAGUCACAUUAAUGUGACUUGAACAAUUCACUAUUAACCCACAGUUUAUGGUAAAUAGAGCAGAUAAGAGAAAUUAUCAGCAGUGGGUAGAGGUGUUCGCUUACCAUUAGGUACGUCAAGGUUCUCUAGUAGAUCAGCAUCAUGUUCUGCACUUUUCUAAAUGUAGGAAAGGACAGUAAGAUUGUUCCAUUUGACUUGUACUGUUUAUUGGCAGCUUUGAAAACUUUUCAGAUCUAACUAUUCAGACCUUCCACAAUACUUAACCAAUUAGAUAAUAGAUUGAUCUAAAAAAAAUUUGCAUUGAAAUAAUAGAUAUUUCUUGGUGUAUUUUUAUAGGUAUAUUGCAAAUUAUUCACUGGUAUAGACUCCUAAGAUUGUUGAGAUUAAAGUGUAAAUAUAGCAAAAGAUUUAAAAAAAAAUCAAUACAUUUUUAAUACAGAUCAGUGAUCAAGAAUGGGUCAUUAUGGUUAGAGGAAGCAAUGUAUCAACACACUCGGUAGCACCCCAAGUAUACAUUUACAGUAAUUUUCCUUACUCUCGUUAUAUAUCAUCCAUUAAAUGAGACAUUUCAUUGUGAACAGUAUCUUAUACUUUAUUUAUUUGGUUGUGAAUAUUUAUCAGUAUUUUCUGAAUCCUGUCCUAGCAUUGCGUGGUAUGUUGUAGAAAGGUUAAUAUGAUGCAUUUAAAUGUUCUACAUUGAGAGCACAAACAGAUAGCACUCUGCUCUUGCUACACAUACAACUAUCACUGGAAAAUUGAAUGUCUCAAGUUGCCAAAGGAAAUUUGACAGUGUUUAUGGCUACCUAACCCGACUUUUGUGUUGUUCUUUUCCGUCCAGUUAAUUACAUUGGUGAAGAGUCUGUGCACUCUUUAAUUUCCCAGAAAUUUCAAUUUUAGUCUAUUUCAAGUAACUUGAAUCAUUAUGUACAUAUCUAUAUUUUUUUUUUUUAAUUUUCAUUAUAUGGUACUUUUGAAAAAAAUUGUAAUUUAACCCAUAUUAAAAACAGAUAUUAAGCUAAGCAUAAUUCAUAAUGCUGUUUUUCUUGAAUUGUAUUCUUCAGGAAGUGAAACAUUAGAACUAAAAUACAAGUGUAUAAUGCCCUCUCAUAUCCAAGUUAAAUGUGGACCAGAUAAGUGAAAAAUAAUAAGUCACGAUACCAUGGCUGGAACAAUUCACUAUUUACCCACUUUCUCCUUACCUCUUCACCUGACCUCUUUAACAUCCUUCUCACUGUUUCACCUGACCUAUCUUUUGGUUUUCUUCCCUUGUUUUUCUCAAUUGUGACUUGAUAAUGGUCCAAUAGAGACUACAACAUCUAAGGUUUCACCUUGAAAUUGUUGUUGAAUAGUGAAUUGCUCCAAUACAGUGCAUUGUGGUAUGCAUUUGUAACUUUAAAUAUAGCAUCAUUGGUCAGAUUUGUUACCUAAGUUUUUCACCAGUCAUUAAUGAUAAAUUGAUAUCUGAAUAUGUAUUAAAGAUUUACUCUUGUAAUGUGAGGACAUAGAGGAGCUGCUUGUGUUUACUAAGGGUUGUAUUUGCUAGGUAGCACCAUUCACAUUUCAUCAUCAUUCUCAGCUUCUCCAUGGUUACAGUACAAACCAAUAACACAGUAUGGUGAAAUAAUAGAAAACAAACCAAUGGGGAUAUUCAAUAAUAAUCAUUACAAUAUACAAACACAAACACAUGAUGUUAUUGAAUAUUCAUGGCUUGACUUCAUAGAUUUCACCAUCCACAUUUUAGCUGUCAGAAGUGUAAAGCUUAAUUUUGUAGUUUUGUCAGAGAAGUUCCAUAGUGUUAAUUCAUGCAUGAUUUUAAGCUGCCUGUGCAAUUUUUUUAAAGAAGUAGUUUAACCCUAAUGAUGCAUAAUUGAUAGAUGUCUAUAAACUUUCUUGUCUGGUAUUUUCUUGACAGGGUGAAGUUCAAAUUUUAACUGGAAAGUUAAAAUCUCCAGUUAUGUAGUUAUUUUCUUUUGCAAGACUCAGUGCAAAGCCGUAGGGUGUCCCUUUGUCACCAUCAUUACCUGACUAGAGGCAGAAUCUGUGUUCAGUCUGUAUGUUAUCACAAAGUCUUAGAAAGCUAACUCAGAGUAGUGCAUCUCCAGUGGAGUGUUUACCACACAUUAUUGUUAUGUAUAUAUAAUGAGAUUAUACAAAUUGAUGAAAGUAAAUUGAGAUGUUUUA